GCUGAACGGCGGGAUAAAACCCAGCAUGUGUGAGGGGACGUGGGCAUUGUGAGACAUGGAGAGCAUACGGCCUGCCACUCCAAUGUGGAGCAUUAUCCUGCUGCUCGCUUUCUGCCAAACUACUCUGCAAGGAGGAGUCCCUGGUGCCGGGGCAGGAGGCCAGUUCUACCCAGGAGGAGCGGGUGUGGGCGCAGGAGGCGUAUACCCUGGCGCAGCAUUAGGAGGAGGUGGAGUACCCGGAGCCGGAGCAGGGUUAUAUCCUGGCGGAAAACCCCCUAAACCAGGUGUAGGUGGCCUUGGAACUGGCAGUCUAGGCGGUGGUGGUGUUGGACCUGGUGGAUAUGGGCCUGGUGGAUAUGGGCCUGGUGGUGCGGGACCUGGUGGAUAUGGACCUGGUGGCUAUGGACCUGGUGGUGUAGGACCCGGUGGCUAUGGACCUGGUGGUGUAGGACCUGGUGGCUAUGGAACUGGUGGUGUAGGAGCUGGUGGAAAGCCUCCAAAACCAGGAUAUGGAGGUGUUGGAACUGGAGUAGGUGGUGUUGGUGGAACUGGAGUAGGCGGUGUUGGUGGAACUGGUGUUGGUGGUGUUGGUGGAGUCGGAGGCGUUGGUGGAGUUGGUUCCCCAGGGGGUCAACAAGUUGAAGAAGAGCCAACAAACGCCUCAGGAGGCAUUGGAGUUCCACAGGGAGCUGGAGGCAAGCCAGGAAAAGUACCAGGCACAUACCCAGGUGGAACAGGUUAUGGCACAGGUGGAGGCCCAGGCUUGUACCCUGGAGGAGUGCCAGGUGCUGGGGGUGUUAUCCCAGGAGUCAGUACAGGGGUUGUGGUUCCACAAACCGGUGGUCAGCCAGGAGCGGGCGGAAAACCAGGAAAAUUGCCAGCUGCUGGAAUUCCCGGAGUCUAUCCCGGAGCAGUGUUACCUGGUACAGGCACUCGAUACCCAGGAGUUGGUGUGCUUCCUGGAGUGCCAACUGGAACUGGAGUGAAACAGAAGGCACAAGGUGGGGGAGCAUAUGCUGGAAUUCCAGGAUUUGGUGCGUAUGGGGGACAGCAGCCCGGUGUUCCUUUAGGAUAUCCUAUCAAAUCUCCUAAACUUCCAGGAGGAUAUGGGCUUCCAUAUACAUCAGGGAAACCUGGGGGAUAUGGUGCUUAUGGACAAGGUAGUCUCGGAGCUGGUGGGAAAGCUGGAUACCCAACAGGAACUGGGGUUGGUACUCUUGGAGCAGGAGGAGCCGCAGCUGCUGCCAAAGCAGCAAAAUAUGGGAUUGGUGGUGUACCUGGGGCUGUACCCGGUACGGGCAUUGGACCUGGUGGCUUAACUCCUGGAGGUGGGGCCGUUCCUGGUGUUGUCCCUGGUUUGUAUCCUGGAGCUGGUGGUUACCCUGGUGGAGGAUUGGUGCCAGGAGCAGUUGGAGGUCAGGGAGGUGGAAAACCACCCAAAUAUGGUGUCCCAGGAGCCGGUGGAGGGCCAGGUAUUGGUGGUGUAGCAGGAGUUGGUGGUAUUGGUGUGCCCGGAGCUGGUGGAGUUCCAGGUGCUGGUGGGGUUCCAGGUGCUGGUGGUGUACCUGGUGCUGGCGUUGGUGGACUGGGUGUUAAACCACCUAAAACUGGAGCCGGGAUUGGAGUUGGACCAGGAGGAGCUGGGAUUGGAGUUGGACCAGGAGGAGCCGGGGUCGGACCAGGCGGAGUACCAUCAGGUGUUGGCGUUGGACCAGGAGGUGUAGGAACUGGAGGGGUCGGUGGCUAUGUUAAGCCCCCUAAGACAGGAGCAGGUGGAGUUGGACAAGGUGGUUUAACAGGAGGACCUGGUGGCUUUGGUCCAGGUGGAGCUUAUGGCUUUCGUCCAGGUGGUGUUGGUGGUACUGGUGCAGCAGGCGGAGGAUUGUACCCAGGGAAACCACCCAAACCAGGUUAUGGAGCUGGCGCAGGUCUCGGAGCUGGUGCAGGUUAUGGAACUGGUGCAGGUCUCGGAGCUGGAGCUGGUGCAGGAGUACCUGGUGGUGGUGCAGGAACUGGAGCUGGGUAUUAUCCAGGAGCUGGACUGGGAACAGGCGGUCAAGGAGCUGGAGGUCAGUACCCAGGAGCAGUAGGAAAGCCACCAAAACCAGCAGGCUAUGGAACUGGACCCGGUGGAUACGGACCAGGGGCCGGUGGAUACGGGCCGGGGGCCGGUGGAUACGGAACAGGGGUCGGCGGAUACGGAACUGGGCCUGGUGGAUACGGAACUGGGACAGGUGGAUAUGGACCUGGUGCUGGAUAUGUGCCUGGUGCUGGCAUAGGAACAGGAGUAAGACCAGGAGCUGGAGGCGUGUACCCCGGAGCUGGAGGCAAACCACCAAAACCAGGCUAUGGAGCUGGAGCAGGGUUGGGUACUGGAGCUGGUGGUUUACAAGGAGGCGGCUUGGGAACUGGAGGUGGCUACGGUCCUGGAGGUGGAUAUGGACCUGGAGGGAUUGGAGCUGGGGCAGGCACCUACCCGGGAGCAGGCGGAAAACCCCCUAAACCAGGUUACGGAGGAGGAGUAGGUGGUGUAGGCGGAGGAGGUGGUUUUGGGCCUGGAGCUUCAUUAGGAACAGGAGUAGGAGGAGGUGAGAUAACUGGUCAAGGAUACCCCUUAGGAGCCCAAAAACCAGCCAAAUCUUACUACAGAGGUGGUGGACUCUGUGGUCAAGGAAAGUAUUGUGGCCGACGGAGAAAAUAACCAAACAAAGAGCUACGAGUAACCUCAUCAACUAUGGUGCUACUGCAUGGUGUGAAUGUAAAAGGAUCCAAUUAUCCCUCCCCUCUCCUGUCAAUCCGUCCAUAGAGUCCUCCACCAUUUUCUUUUCUCCUGUUCUUGUGAUAUCCAUCUUUAACAAGGAGCCAGGCAGCUACAUUUUAUAGAAGAGCCUGCAAUCUGACACUCGCAAACAUUCGUGCACACAUUUACAGUGUAUACUUUAAUACACUUUACGUAAAAAUGGAAUGUGUGCAUGUUUGUUUGAGUGCGUAUAUACCUGUAUAGGCCAAAGAGAGCAUAUAAUGAGAUGUGCA